UGUCAUUGAGACUUGUCAUCCUAGUCAUUGUUCACUGCUGACUUUUGUGUACAAACAAUAGGUGCACGCGUUUCAUGCAAAUCUCAUUAGAUAUCUGCCUGUGAGUUCCAAGGACAACGUUAUCAGUCUGUUUUUGAAAAUUUUAUCAAUUCAUUUCGGAAAUCAAAACGGAUCAAUCACAUACACUCGAUAUGAAACCAACACUUGUCGCCGACGAGAUGUUCCCCGAGGGAGCCGGCUUCAUGGAUUUGGAAGAAGUUAGUUUGGCGGGUGGUUCGACAGGAAUUCUGAUGGACUUGGCGACCAAUGAAAAACACGUUCAUUCGGAUUUCUUCAACAGCUUUGAGGAUUUGUACGAUGAGGAGGAAGAAAAUCCACAAAGUGCAGCCCAGCUGAAUGCGCAACCGCAGCCACCUCAGCAACAGCAACAACAACAGCCAUCGCAAAGCGGUGCCAAUUAAAGUAGGAAUUUAGUAACGCUCGUGGCUGUCGGUAUGAGUCAGACGUCAUUUACUUAUUUGUAAUCAAUAAAAGAAAUUAAACGAAA